UAAUUUGAUGACCCAGUGAGGAAAGGACACUUCCCCUAAACUUUUGGCAUCCAACAAAGAAAAGAAAGUCAAAUGUGUUAUGUCUGCUGUUGUUACUUGGUUUUCCUUCCUCUAACAUACAAACACAACCACCCACCCAACCCAACCCAACAACAACAACCACAACCUCUUCCUUCUUAUUCUUCUUCUUUCCUUUCUUCUUCUAUCACUCACUUUUUUUCCACUUUCUCAACAAAUUAAAAAAAGAUAUAUAUACUUCCUAUUUCUUAUUUCUAUUUUUUUUGUUUUAUUUUAUUACUAAUAAUUAUUUAGAUGGACCCGAAGUUCAUGGGAAAGCCACCUCCGGCCACCACCGUAGAGAUAGAACGCAUGCCGGAGCGAGGCUCCCACCACCGCCGCUCCCACUCCGACACCUCUUUCCGCUUCGCCGGAAACUUCGACGACCUCCUCCUCUUCGACCCUUCCGACCUCGACAUCUCCAACCUCCCUUCUCCUCUUCCACUUCCGACGCCCGCCACCGCAAGCGGCGGAAUCCCCAUGGCUAUCGAUUCCGAUGAGUCUAGCGGUCAGAGCGGGAUGGGAAGAGCCGGUGGCGGUGCUCCGAUCGGGCACCUACGGAGCUUGUCAGUCGACUCGGACUUCUUCGAUGGCUUCGGGUUCGGCGGCGCCGGAGAGGAGAAAUCAGGCGGGAAAAGUGGCGGUGGAGGAGGAGAGAGAAGAGUUGGGCAUCACCGGCAUAGUAAUUCGAUGGAUGGAUCAUCAACGACGUCGUUUGAAGCUGAGUCAUCGAUGAUGGAUGGUGUGAAGAAAGCCAUGGCUCCUGAUAAGCUCGCUGAGCUUGCUCUUAUUGACCCCAAGCGAGCCAAGAGGAUUCUUGCGAAUAGACAAUCAGCUGCAAGAUCAAAGGAGAGAAAGAUUCGGUACACAAGUGAGCUUGAGAAGAAGGUGCAGACUCUUCAGACGGAAGCAACUAACCUCUCUGCUCAACUUACCAUGCUCCAGAGAGACACGACAGAUUUAACUGCGGAGAAUAAGGAGCUCAAACUGCGGUUGGAGGCUAUGGAACAAGAAGCACAGCUUAGAGAAGAUCUCAAUUCGGCAUUGAAGGAAGAAUUGCAGCGCCUUAGAGAACAGAGUAACCGCUUGGGUGCUAUGAGUGGUGGUAACCAUAAUUUUGGUGGUAUGUUCUCUCAAUUGGCUUCUCAAUUAGCCAUGCAACAGCUGAGUAAUCAUCCUCCGCCGCAACAGCAGCAGGUCGGCGUGCCUCCUCAUCCCUCUGAUCAGCCUUUCCAAGGGCAGCACGGGCAGCGACGCCCGAGCUUCAUGGACUUCAAUCAGAAGAAGUAGCUCAUAGUUGCAUGAAGUAAAAAAGGUUGUUACAGGGAAUAUUCAUCUCAAGUAAUAUAUCUUGUACAUUAUAUACACACACAUAGAUAUAUAUAUGUAUGACAUGUGAAGCUUGUGAAGGGUAUCCUUGUACAUUUCAGUUUCUUAGAAGUAUAUCAUGUGAAAUAUGAUUUAUGGUUC